GAGAGGAGGCGCAAGGAGGAGGAAAGGUGAGACAGUACAGUACCUUGGACAGCAAACAGGAGACAGCAGGGAUAACUUCGCCUAUGUGCUGCUCCAGCAGAGACGGAGGAAGCCUGGGGGGAGAGACAGGGCGGCACUUUGGCAUGUCUUUGACUUUGUCCCUGGGGUGGUUUGUCUAUUGUAUGUUGAGUUGUGAGGCAGUGGUGAUGGAGACCCUGCUACCACGUGCUGGAGGACCUGUCUUGAAUGUGGCUCUGGUGUUUGGAGGUUCUUUUCCACAAAUGGAGCAUGGAGGCCCAUUGCUUCCAGAAGGAUCUUUGAGUCUUCCUCUUGACAUUCACACGGUUACAGUGCUACUGAAUGACAGCGGCCCUGGACCACUUAUGAGCCAACUGUGCCUUGCACUCCGUGGUGCUCAUGGAGUUGUUUUCCAGGACAAUAUAGGCACAGAGGCAGUGGCACAAAUCCUUGACUUCAUCUCCUCUCAGACUCUCGUACCCAUUAUUAGCAUCAGUGGUGGUUCUGCUGUGGUCAUGAGCCCAAAGGAACCCAGCUCCUCAUUCUUGCAGAUGGCAGCUUCAGUGGAACAGCAAAUUGCUGUAAUAUUCAAAGUGCUGGAAGAGUACAAUCUUGGUCCAUAUUCCAUUAUUAGCAGCCACUAUCCUGGUCACCAGUUGUUUCUCAGGUCCAUCCAUACUCUGUGUGAGGAACUUCAACCAGGCUGGUGUCCCCAAGAUGAGCUGACACUGGAACCAGGUUCUGGGACCCGAGGUAUACAGCAUGUGCUCAGACAAGUUUCCACCCCAGUGCUAAUACUAUUCUGUUCAAGGGAGGAGGCUCAGGAGUUGUUUUCAGUAGCAGGAGAGGUUGGACUUUUGGGGCCUGGAUACACUUGGAUUGUGCCAAGCUUUACAAUUGGGUCACCAGAACGUCCAGCUACAUUCUUCCCAGUUGGCUUGGUUAGUGUGGUGACCGAUGGCUGGAGGAGAAGCCUCUUACAGAAAGUGCAAGAUGGGGUAGCAGUCAUUGCUGCAGGUGCCAAAAACUAUUUGCAGAGCCAUGGGGAUCUUCCACAUCCUGGUGGAGCCUGCUUUGACCCACAAGAAGUUCAUGAAAAUGACACUUUGUACAGGCAUAUGUUGAAUAUAGUUUGGAAAAAGCGAAAUCUGUCAUUUAAUACCCAGGGAUUCUUGUUGGAUCCACCAAUGCUAGUGAUAAUAUUGACCCCACAGCGAGAAUGGGAGGAGGUGGGUCGCUGGGAGCGUGGAAUUAUUCAGAUGAAGUACCCUGUGUGGCCAAGGUAUGGCAUAAGUCAGCAGCUUGUGACAGAUUCACGUCAUUUGACUGUAGCUACACUUGAAGAAAGGCCAUUUGUUAUCGUUGAGAACACAGACCCAGUGACAGGGGAUUGUGUCAGGAACACCGUACCAUGCCGUAAACAAAGCAACUUAACUUUGAGCAGUUCCGGAGAACCUUACUCCAAGCUAUGCUGCAAAGGAUUUUGUAUUGACAUCUUGAAGAAAUUGGCACGUUCUGUUAAGUUUUCAUAUGAUCUCUACCUGGUGACCAAUGGGAAGCAUGGAAAAAUUGUGCGAGGUGUGUGGAAUGGGAUGAUUGGAGAGGUAUAUUACCAGCGUGCGCAUCUUGCUAUUGGGUCUCUCACUAUAAACGAGGAGCGCUCAGAGAUUGUAGAUUUCUCCGUUCCCUUCGUAGAGACUGGAAUAAGUGUCCUGGUAUCACGUAGCAAUGGAACAGUGUCUCCCUCUGCCUUCCUGGAGCCAUACAGCCCAGCUGUCUGGAUGAUGAUGUUCGUCAUGUGUCUAUCUGUCGUUGCUGUCACUGUCUUCAUCUUCGAAUAUUUCAGCCCUAUGGGAUACGAUCAAGAUUUAAACAACGGAAAACGUUUGGGGGGCCCGAGUUUCACUGUGGGGAAGUCCCUGUGGCUGCUCUGGGCACUGGUGUUUAAUAACUCCGUUCCAAUCCAGAACCCUCGUGGCACUACCAGUAAGAUCAUGGUGCUGGUGUGGGCCUUCUUUGCAGUCAUCUUCCUGGCCAGUUACACAGCCAAUCUGGCGGCUUUCAUGAUUCAGGAGCAGUAUAUAGACACAGUGUCUGGUCUGAGCGACAGAAAGUUCCAGAAGCCCCAGGAGCAUUACCCUCCAUUUCGAUUUGGGACAGUCCCUAAUGGCAGCACAGAGAGAAAUAUUCGCAGCAACUACCCAGACAUGCAUGCCUACAUGGUUCGCUACAACCAACGCUCUGUGGAAGAUGCCCUUGCCAGCCUGAAGACAGGGAAGUUGGAUGCCUUUAUUUAUGAUGCUGCAGUACUAAAUUAUAUGGCAGGAAAGGAUGAAGGGUGCAAGCUGGUAACUAUUGGAAGCGGGAAGGUCUUUGCAACUACAGGAUAUGGGAUUGCACUACAAAAGAAUUCACGCUGGAAGCGUCCCAUUGAUUUGGCUUUGCUGCAGUUCCUGGGAGAUGGAGACACUCAGAGGCUGGAGACGGUAUGGUUAUCUGGAAUCUGUCAAAAUGAGAAGAAUGAGGCAGUGAGCAGCAAGUUGGACAUUGAUAACAUGGCUGGAGUCUUUUACAUGCUACUGGUGGCAAUGGGACUAAGUCUUCUGGUCUUCUCCUGGGAGCACUUGGUGUACUGGAGGAUGAGACACUGUGUGAAGAGCAAAUGCGGGGAGCACGGACUUCUGGGCAUCAGCCGGGGAAUUUACAGUUGCUUCCGGGGUGUUCAGAGUCCAUCAUGUGGCCUUAGAUGCCCAGACCCUGAUGUUACAGGAACACCAGUUCCAGUGAAUGUUCUGAGAGUUCUGGAAACAGCUAAAAAUCUUGUGUCAUCUUCCAGGGUGGAAGGAUCUCUUGAGAAUGCUUCUCAUGCUCUUCGCACGUGGAGAAAAAGGAGUGAGAAUCUGCAGACUUCCUUCACGCUGCAGGAACCUCAGCAAUUAUUACAAACCACUGGCUCUCACAGUGAGACCCUAAUUAAACCGGUAAAACCAACAACCCACACACCAACUCUACACUUCCCUCUCCCUUAUUCAUCACAAUUUUGUCAGAAUACAAAACCUCUGCUGCAAGAUAGUGAUCAACAGUCUAUAGAGGUGAAUUGUCUCCUUCCUCAUGAGACAACUGAUCGAGUUUCCACCAUUUCACAGAAUGGAAGUAUUCGAGAGAUUGGAUUGAUACCUGGCAGAGAACACCACCAUUCUUCACAAGUCAUGGGUAAAAGAUGGAAAUCAUUACAAAGACCUCCUAUUUUGAUUCAGACAGGGGCAUCGCCACACUACAAAACAUGGUACCAACCACCCCAUGUAGGUUACACUAUCAAGCCACUUCUUUUUAGUGAUUCUCAUUGCAGCGAGGAUGCAGGACAGCAUUUAAAUUGUGAAAGACUCCACCAGUGCACUCUACCAUCUUCGAAAGUUUGCCAUGUUUGUAUAAGUAAAAUUCAUCCCAGUGACUGCAGAGGGGGAAGAUGGCUCACGCCUGAUAUACAUAAAUCCCCCCACGCUGAAGCAUGUUAUAGAGGCACGGUCUCCAAACUCUCAGUGCCUCCCAGUGUUACCCACAGAGACUAUCACACUACCAGAACCAUAGCAUCUUUAGGAAGGACUGCAUGCUACACACAGGGGACCAGAAAUAAGUACCCCACCACUUCACUUCCAGGGACAUUUAGAAGUGAAAGUACAAGAGGUAAUUAUACUUAUGAGACGCGAAGAAGAAUCAGCUGGGAGUCAGAGGUGUGACAGAUCAGGCCAAAUAGGGAUUCUCAUCGAAUAGAAUUGUAUGAUAACGCAAUAAGGAUUGUUAAUUAACUGAUAGGCACUGCAAUAAACUGAUGGUGCUAACAGUAUAUAAGAGAUAUUUUAGUGUGAA